AUGCUCAGUAGGCAUGACCUAGACCGAGUCAGAAAGCCCAAACUAGCUAAGAUAUAGAAGGCUAGCUCACCAAAGUAAAACCUGUUCAAUGUAAAACAACUUACUCUCGGGGAUAAGCAUUCUUUGUACAGCGGGGCUACUUCACAGUUUAAUUCAACUUUAAAUUGCCCAAAUGGAGUUGUGUUCAAUGUUAAUAAUGUUAAUAUGAUCAAAUAUACGCAUAGAGAGUCCUAGGCAGGCUCAUAGAUUUCAACUCCUUCUCAUAACAAAUAAAUAUUGCCAAGUUUAUAAGCGAUUUCAAAUACUAGCUCGCUAAAUGGUAUCAGACAGAGUUUCAAAAAUCCGUCUGCAAUGUAUGGAUACAUUAAUAAUAGAGAGUAGCAAAAAUCAAGAUAGACUGCAGUUGAUCAGCUUAAUAUGAUCCUUAAUCAAUCUAUCCAUGUAUUCAGUAACAGCACCCAGGUUUCUCCUUCUAAUCUUCCUCUAAAACCUCAACCAAUAUUUACGAAGUAUAAGCAAGACAGAAAUUUUCUUAUCCCAAGUGCCUCUUCAACAUAGCAUGAAUAUGAAUCUGACAAUAAUGAUAAUCAUCACUAUCUGUCAUCUAGACUUCCCUAAUCUAAAUUGGAAAAUCUCAAAACUCCUCCAUCUCGAAUGAGAAGGAAUCAAAUGAUGUAGACUCAGGGAUAUAUAAGUGGAGGGGGGCCAAGCUAAAUCUUAAUUAAGAGCACGAAUAUAGAGCAUAUAAGUACGUUUAACUCUAGAAAAAGAUUGCUAUAAGAGACAAGAAAAUAAAAUCAAAGUACUUAGAUGAUGAUUAUGGAAUAAUGCUUGGAGGAAAAUGACCAUAAAAAUAUACAUAUUACUACUUCUAUAGAUAACGAUAACAUUCUUAAUUCAAAGGAAACUUUUUCAAGAUCCGUCUUGGAAACGAAAGGAAUACCCACUAAGCCUCCAAUGAUAAAAGUUACCAGAAAGGAAUAAAUAGAUAAUGCAGGAGAAUCCUUUACCUUAUCUCCAUGGAGGAAAAGUCCAUUUCCUUUUACCCCUAAUUAAGGAUAAAGUAAUAAUAGUUUCAGAUAUUUAUCACAGCUUACUGCUGCAUAAUUUCCUAAGAAUGAUACUCUAAAUUUUGAGGAACAGCCAGAGACUAAUAAAGGCUAAAGUAAUAGAAUAGGACAUUAGUAAAAACAAUUAUGA